ACGGCUUGCAACUAUUACCGAAAGACACGAUCGACUAAAGAGAGUGGAAGACAAACGACUGUUUGCACUGGUUCUUUUUGCAAUUGUUUUGCUGUGGAAAUUGGAUAGCUAUCUUUGAAUUCGUUUUCCAGCGGUUUAUGAAUCGACAAAAUGGUAUCAAAUGUUCGAGAACGCGCAAAGGAGCGCAUGAAGAUUUCGCGAAGAAUUAAUUCAAUGAUGAAAAGAGAUUCACAAUCGAAUUUAAUGACUAAAAAGCUAAGCAAAAAGCUAUUCGCAGCAAAUAUAGAAAAACAACAAUUACAUAAAAAUAAUAUAAGAUCAUGGGCGAUUGAAUACAAUAUUCAAAACAGGGCAUUAUCGGCACUUCUGAAAAUUUUGAUUACAUUCGGUUCAAGAAACCUGCCAAGUGACAGCAGGUCUCUCCUUAGAACUCCACGCUCUAUUCAAAUUGAAAAUACAGCUGGCGGACAAUACUGGUACAACGGAAUCGGAAAUUGUUUGAGAAACGUUUUUGGAAAAUUGAAUUCGAAUAUAACUUUAGAAUUGAAUUUCAACGUCGAUGGCCUACCGUUGUUUAAAAGUUCUCCAGUUACAUUCUGGCCGAUUUUGGCAAAUAUACAUGGAAUGUCCGAUGUCAAGCCUAUGGUAAUAGGUAUCUGGAGUGGAAUUGGGAAACCAAAGGAUUUAACAGAUUUCCUACAGCCUCUUGUGAGCGACAUCGACACUGUAAUUAGAAAUGGUGUUAUGAUCAAUGAGUAUAGAAUUGAUAUAGUCAUUAGAUGCUUCCUGUGCGACUCGCCAGCACGAUCAUUUAUAAAAGGUAUAGCAUAUUUCAACAGCAAAUACGGAUGUCAAAAAUGUUAUUGCAUUGGCGUGUUUGAUAAGAAUGCACGGCGUAUGCAUUUUGCGGAAUUCAACAAACCGAAACGCACGAAUAAUCAGUUCCUCAACAGAUUCCAAAAAGAACACCACCGAGAAGAAUCAAUUCUCCAAGAUUUGAAGAAUCUGAAUGGAGAACCACUGAUUGAUAUGAUCAAACAAUUCCCGACGUCGGAUCCACUUCAUUUAUUAGAAGAAGGCGUAAUGAAAAAAGUGUUGAAUAUUUGGAUGCAUGGGAAAGAUUCAUAUAAGAAGAAGUGGUCAAAAGAGAUACAAGAAAUCCUAAGUGCGCAGAUUUCAAUUUAUAAUAAAGAGCUUCCAAGUGAUAUAAACCGCAAUGUUCGAACUUUGCAGUUCAUAAAAUACUGGAAGGCUACAGAAUUUCGUACUGUGCUAUUAUAUUAUGGAAUGGUCGCCUUUAAAGAUUACUUAGGGGAGCAGGAAUAUAUUCAUUUUUUGAACUUGUGUCUCGCUGUCAGAAUAUAUUCUUGUCGCAGUUAUGUAAACAAAUAUAAAACAAUUGCUCGUAAACUCUGUUUGGUAUAUUGUGAAAAAUUUGGACAAAUUUAUGGAAUCAAUAAUAUUGUAAGCAAUAUCCAUAAUGUUAUUCACAUAUGUGAUGAUGUAGACCAAUUUGGUCCUUUAACAGAAAUAAGUACAUAUCCAUUUGAAAAUUUCUUACGAGAAAUUAAGAUGCGCGUAAAACCAUCAAAUACAAACAUUGAACAAAUCAGUAGAAGGCUUGUCGAAAUGUCUUUGGACAUAUCAGAAAAUAAGAAAAUCGAUAUGAAUGCGAGACAACGGGAAAAGAGUUCCUGGACUCCUGAAUUAAAAUAUCAAUUUAAUUCUUCAAAUCAAUCGACUUUCAAAUUUAUUAGAAUAACACCAAAUGUAUUUUUUUCUGUAAAGAAAAUAGGCGAUAGAUGGUUUUUGACCAAAAGUGGUGAUAUAGUAGAAAUGAAAUACGCAAUUAGAAGCAAAAAUUCAUAUUUUAUUAUAGGAGAACCAAUUAAACGCAAAUAUGAUUUUUUCAUGGAACCAUAUUCUUCACAUAAAACAGAUAUUUUUCUAUGUGAUACGGAAAAAAAUAACGAAAGAAUGUAUCACUAUGGUGAAAUCAAAUCCAAAUUAGUAUGUCUCACUUACAAGGAUCAAUUUGUUUUCAUCCCAUUGAUUCAUUCGAUAGAUGAAUGUUCAGAAUUUUUAUCAAAAUAGUAUUUAAUUAUUUAUUAAAAAAUUAUUGUUCUACCAACCGAGAAAUAUUUUUAGAGUAUUUUUUAUUCGGAUUAAUAUGUGAAAUUUACUAAUAAUCGUACUAUAUACUGUGCAUAAAUUUUGGUAAAAAAUUCCACAA